GUCUAAUUUUGUAAACAACACACUUGUGGAGAAUGUUUUUCCUCGGAUUUUCGCGUCUGGAACUCCACUGAGGUGCUCUCACGUAGUGAAUUUAGGUGAAUUGUAAUCUCUUGUGUGUGCAAAGGGUGUGAUCAGUGCGAUGGAGAGUGCUGCUUUGGCAGGAAAGUGCAGAGCGUGUAGAAUAAAAGUUCAGGGUGAUUCGCAAGUUUUCAUCUUCGCCUCCACAAAUCUGCCGCACAUUUUCCAGGAAGCCACAUCCCUGCCGAUCCACGAGAAUGACGGACUUCCGGGAGUUCUGUGCGCCUCCUGCUACAAUCGCCUUCUGGAGACGUACAACUUCCGCAAGAUGUGCGCCUCCACGGCUCUGGAGUUCCACCAGAUCCUCUCCAUGAGCGGUGAGGUGCCCUUCGAGGAGAAGUACAUGCCGCCGGAGGGAUUGGCGGAGCCCAAGUCAGAUGUGGAUGACGUGGCGGAUUCCAAUUCAUUUGACUUCCCGCCGGAGAGCAAAUUCAAUCCCGACGAGUCCGUGGAUCCGCUGGCGGGCAAUAGGAGGCUGUCAGAGGCGACCAGUGAGGAUGCGGAUGACGUGCCACUGACCGCACGCAAGGUGGCGAAGAAGCGCGUGCCGAAGACGAGUGUGAAGGAUGAGGAUGUUGGCGAGGAGGCGGAAGUGAAGGAGGAAAGGUCGUGUUUUGAGUGCGAGCUGUGCAAGCGGCGCUUCCGGAACAAGUUCAGCCUUGAGUCGCACAUGCGAAGGGUCCACCAAGGCCUGAAGAAGGGAAAUGUGUGUCCGAUCUGUGACAAGGCGGUGUGCAAUCCGGGCACUCUCAAGUGGCACAUGGCGCGGAAGCACGACGUGAAGAGUGAGUUUGGCUGCAAUUAUCCCGGCUGCUUCAGGCAGUACGAGUGCGAGAAGGCUCUGCUGAAGCACAUGCAGCGCUGCCACGAUCCGGACAAUCCCAAGCCGGAGAAGCAGCCGCCAAAGCAGUCGCCGCCGAAAGAGUCGAAGCCCAAGAAUUACACUUGCAAACUGUGCGAUAGUGCUUUCAUCACGCCAAAGGGUCUGGGCAUGCACAGGGCCGUCGUGCACGGCGGCGUGGAACAGGGAGUGGACAACGAGGGCAAACCAUUUAAGCUCUAUGCGACCAAUCGAGGCAUCAAGCCGAGUCUCGAGUGCGAAAUCUGUGGCCGGAAGUUCUUCAAGAAGCUCGGCCUCGAGUCACACAUCAGGCGAAUCCAUCAGGGAAUGAAGAAGGGCACUCUCUGUCCACUGUGCAACAAGGAAUACUCGCGGCCAGACUCUCUUAAGUGGCACAUGUCGCGCAAGCAUGGCGUCAAGUCGCCCUUCACGUGCGAUUAUCCCGAGUGUUUCCGCGUGUAUGAAUGCCAGGAAUCGCUCACGUAUCACAUGAGUCGACAUCACAACCCGAAGAAGCCCAAACCGCCGCCGAAGAAGCACAUUUGCGAAGUGUGCGGCAAGUUCUUCCCAUCGUCGGCGGGCCUGAAGAAGCACAGCUACAGCCAUUCUGGUCCUGAGAGUCGUCCUUUCGGCUGCUCGAUGUGUUCGAAGCGCUUCGUGACGGACCACAAAAUGAAGGUGCACAUGAUGCGCCACGAGGGCAUCAAGAAUCACGAGUGCACGAUUUGUGGCAUGCGAAAGGUGACGGCCAGGGAGCUGAAGAUCCACAUGAACUAUCACACGCGCGAGACGGUCUGGCCAUGCAAGCUCUGCCCGCUGAUUUCCUCCAGCAGAGAGAACAUGAAGCGGCACGUUAAGGUUGUCCAUCAGGGCAUCAAGUCCUUCCCCUGUCCGCACUGCGAGCGCUCAUUCGGCAAGUCGGAGACGCUGAAACACCACGUGAUGACGCACACGGGCGAGAAGCCGCACGCGUGCGACGUGUGCGGCAAGCGCUUCAUCCAGCCCACGGCGCUGAAGACGCACAUGAAGACACACCUGAGGACGAAGUGACCCAGAAUAUCUCGUGUUGGCUACAAAAUAUAAUUUAUUCCCUUCUCUC